GUUGUUGCGGCGGCGAUAUGAAUCUAGCCAGCCGCUGUUUUUAUAUAGACCUAUGGAUGGGGGCGAUCUGUUUUCUACCGAGGGUAUUUUGGUCUGCUGAUUCUUUCCAGCUUCCUUCCUCUGCACCCGCCAUUCAGCUCCAAAUCGAGCGACAGAAAGAGAAACAUUUCCACUGGCCCUGGCGACGCCUCCUCCAGUGCCGGUAGCAACUCCGCCUCCCAUGGCUCCGUCUCCACCAGUGCGGGCGGUAGCUCCGUCUCCACCAGUGCCGGCAGCAGCUCAGCCUCCCAUGGCUCCGCCAGCCACGGCGCCGCCGGCUGCGGCUCCCCUGGCCAUGGCUCCGCCGUCCACGGCUCCACCGGCACCAUGGCUACAAGUGGAGCCCUCACCUAUGGCGUCGAUGCUGGGCGCUCAGAUGUACUCUGAGCAUACUCCAUCAGCUAGGGUUCCACUACUCAGUUCCGCUGGAGAUUUAAUAACUAAGGGGAUGGCAUUUCAUCAUGAUAAGGUUAUCCUAAUCAUAAAGAGAGCAAUGGAAAAACCUUUCAUUUCCAUAUAUUUGUAUAACAUCAUCCUGAUAUCUAUCAACCUGUUUGCUCUGUCACAGAUUAACUAUACUGCCAGUUCAGUCAAUAGAGUUCUUGAAUGCCCAGAAAGUUCAGAUGCAGAGGAUAAUUCAAAGGAAAUGCUCAUCUUCAAUUCUUCAUCUGCUACCUGCCUUCGAAUAAUUUCAAUAGUACAUCAUCUGUAUUGAAAUUUGACUCACUUUGAGCGAGUUCCUGCAAAUAUUUGUCAACAACAGUCGACAAUGUUAGACCCUGUCUGUGUGAGCUUUAGAUCCCUCACAGGGAACUUAUCUUCAGUUUGCAAUCUGAACUCCAGAUUGCAUUCUUCAUUCUGAACCUUCUGUUCAGCAGUGCAAGAUUUAUUUGGUGUAGAAAUCAACUUUAUUUCAUUCAGAGUUCAAUUUACUGCCUCGUCUAUUUUAUUUUUAAUUUGUCUUGAGCAAACUGAUGGUGCUCAUUUUAGUGCUGUAGGGAUAUAAUAAACACAAUAUUGUACUGUUAUAUUAUGCAAAUGAUGAAACCAAUAAAUAAUAAUCCUAAGUAGACAACGCUAAAGCUUUGUUCUGUGUAGCAGAAGUUUCUAAUAUCGCUAAGCCUACCUAAGACGUCCGCUUAUAGGUCAUUCUUUGAUCCGUUAAGAGUUCAGUUUACUGCCUCCUAUAUGUUCUUUUCAAUAGUUGUCUUCGAACCUAUUUAGUGCCACAAAAUCCUCAAAUUAUUUGUGAGAACCUGCAGUAAUCGACCUUUCCAUGUUUCUAUUAGUAUUUUUACACUGCUUCUGUUCACAUUGAUAGGAAGCCAUUUAAUCCCUGCUUCGUGAAACCCUGAUAGACAUGGCAACAAUAGUGCUCUGAUAAACUGUAAAUUAGCCCUUCAAAUAAAAAGUAAGACGCUGCUUUGAGGUUGUUAAACAAUGGAACUCAGCCAAGGUCUAUGAGAUUUUUAGGGAUGAAAUUGAUAAAUGUCACAGCUAUGAUGUCUCCGCAGAUAGCAACCUUACAGUUUUCACAGUGAAGCACACUAAUGCUGAAUAAUGUUCAGCGUUACAAAAGGCCUGAGUUCGAAGUAAAGAGGAUAAACAAUGGCGAGAAAUAUACAUGUGGAGCUACAAAAGGCCUGAGUACGACCAAGAAAGGCACCGCACAUGGUGGAGCUACGAAAAUAACUCCUCAUUGCUCAAAGUGUAGAUCUGCUGGCCAUGACAAGAGGAAAUGUCCAUUUGAAGGAAACACAAAAGAUACAAGCAGCGGCACUAUUGGGAAAGGAAAGAAAAAGCAGGUAAUUACAUGUUGUAGCCUCUGUGGUCUUACUGGACACAAUGAUGGUUGAUGGAGAAUGCAUGGCAAGUUGCAGUCAGUGUGGUCUGAUGGGCCAUAACGAGGACGAAUGUUAGUAUGACCAUGAGACCUAUCUCAACUAAUGCAUGACAUAUCUAGUAUAUCAAUGUUUAUUUUCAUUUGGAUGCAGAUAUAUGUCAAUUUUAUUUUGGGUGUAGAGGUUACAUUCAUGUAAUGCUGCUCUACAUGAACUUCUAAUUUUGGCAUGAUGACAUGCUUAGUGUACUUCGAAUAUUGAAAUGACGCAGAUGAACCAAACAAUUAUUGAGACUACUAAUGCAGUAUGAUCUAUGUAUGAAAAAACUCUUUAUGUA